GCUAUAACAGGUUUGGACCUUUCUGCAGGAGAGGAACUAGAUCUACUUGUGCGUUACCUCGGUAAGAACUCAUCGAGGCAAGUCAAACAAAUGAAAGCUGUCAACAUCAGAUGUCCUGAAGCUGGUUUAGCCAUGGCUUGGGAAAGGCUCGAAGAAGUCUAUGGCUCUCCAGAAGCUGUAGAGCAAGCACUCUUUCAAAAGGUAAAAAGCUUUCCCAAAAUCACCCCCAGAGAGCCUUUCAAACUCCGAGACUUAGUUGACCUAAUGUUGGAGCUUGAAGCAGCUAAGCUUGAUGGAUAUUUACCAGGCUUGUCUUACUUGGACACAUCUAGAGGAAUUUAACCAAUAGUUAACAAGUUACCUUACAAUCUGCAAGAGAAGUGGAUGACAUACGGCUCGAAGUAUAAACGUGAUCACGGCGUCAGUUUUCCGCCUUUCACUGUGUUUGCUAACUUCAUUCGCACUGAGGCCAAAACACGAACUGACCCAAGCUUCACUCUCCACAGCUCAAACCAGUUACCUGAGAGAAAACAAAUGCCAGAAAGGUUUUCUAAAGUGCCCAUAUCUGUCCACAAAACUCAAAUACAAGACAAAACAGAAAAUAAAGAAAAAAUCACAAGUACGGUAAGCCCCAACAAACAGUGUCCUAUACACAACAAGCCCCACCCUUUAAAACAUUGCAGAGGAUUCAGAGAUAAACCUUUGGAAGAACGAAAUCAGAUAAUCAAAAAGUUUAACAUCUGUUUUCGCUGUUGCUCAUCUACAGAUCAUCUCGCCAAGAACUGUACAACAGACAUCACUUGCACGGAGUGCGACAGCAAUAAUCACAUUUCCGCCCUCCAUCCAGGUCCAGCACCGCAGGAAUCUAAAACGCCGCCCCCCUCACAGCACGGCGGGGAGAGCAGCAAAGCGGAUGUCCAAGAAGUCACCUCUCGGUGUACUGAGGUGUGCGGAGAAGGGGUGAGUGCCAGAGAAUGUUCCAAAAUCAUACUCGUCAAUGUGUAUCCUGCUGGUCACAAAGAACAAACAAAGAGAAUGUACGCAAUCUUGGACGAACAAAGCAACCGUUCUCUUGCACGUUCACAGUUCUUCGAGUUGUUUCAGAUCCAAGGAGCAAGUUAUCCCUACACAUUGAAGACGUGUGCAGGGCUCACAGGAGUUUCAGGAAGAAGAGCUGGUGGCUUCAUGGUGGAGUCAAUAAAUGAACAGUUAAGCCUUCCUUUGCCAACACUCCUCGAAUGUAAUGACAUUCCCAACAACCGCUCAGAAAUACCUACCCCACAAGCUGCAUCCCACCACGCUCAUCUGCAACGGAUCGCGGACAAGAUCCCACCAUUGGAUUCUGACGCUGACAUACUUCUACUGCUGGGCAGAGAUGUAUUGAGAGUUCAUAAAGUCAGAGAGCAAGUAAACGGCCCAGGUGACUCCCCAUUUGCUCAGAAACUGGAUCUGGGAUGGGUCGUGGUUGGAGACGUCUGCCUAGAUGGUGUACACAGACCCACACAAGUAAGCAGCUACAAGACUUUCGUUCUGGAGAAUGGUCGCGCAAGUCAUCUUCAACCAUGUAACAGUCAGAUAACUGUCAAAGAAACAUUCACAGAAACACCUGAGCUCUCUCGCAGCCUCAGAAGCUUCCAAGCGUCAGGAUGUAAUGUGGAUAGCAUUGGUCAGCAAGUUUUCGCUCACACACCUGACGAUCACAAACUUGCACCAUCAGUCGAGGACAUACGGUUCCUCCAAAUAAUGGACUCUGAGUUCUACCAGGACAGUGACAACAGCUGGGUUGGUCCACUGCCCUUUCGGUCGCCACGGCAACGUCUACCCAACAACAGACAGCUGGCCUAUGACCGUCUCAUGUCACUCAGUCGCUCUCUAAGAAAGCGGCCUGAAAUGAAAGCACAUUUUCUGGAGUUCAUGGAGAACAUGCUCACUAGAGGUCAUGCAGAGGUCGCACCGUCUCUAGUCCACAAUCAGGAAUGCUGGUACCUACCUUUGUUUGGGGUUUACCAUCCCAAGAAACCUACAAAGAUCAGAGUCGUGUUUGACUCAAGCGCCCCCUAUGAAGGAGUAUCUCUCAACGACGUGCUACUCACAGGCCCUGACCUUAACAACAGUCUCGUCGGAGUGCUCAUGAGAUUCAGAAAAGAACAAGUUGCCAUAACCGCUGACAUUGAACACAUGUUUCAUUGUUUUGUUGUUAAAGAGAGCCACAGAGACCUUCUCCGCUUUUUGUGGUACAAAGAUAACAACAUGUCCUGCGAAAUAAUUGAGUACCGUAUGCGCGUGCACAUCUUCUGGAACAGUCCCUCUCCCUCUGUCGCUAUAUACGGCCUCAAAAAAGCGGCAACGACUGGUGAAGCAGAGUUCGGGACCAAUGUGCGCAGAUUCAUAGAGCGAGAUUUCUAUGUCGACGAUGCUCUCAAGUCGUUCCCCACUGAGCAAGAAGCAGUUCAUGUUCUAAAACAAGCACAGCAGGCUCUCGCUUAUUCAAAUCUCAAGCUACAUAAAGUCACCUCAAACCGCCAAGCUGUUCUGAAAGCCUUUCCACCAGAAGACAGAGCUAAAGAUGUCGAAAACUUGGAUCUGUGUGCACAAGAUCUCCCUGUCCAGCGGAGUUUAGGACUGUUGUGGAAUGUUGGUCUUGACACUUUCACAUUCAAAGUCGAUGAGGAUCAAAAGCCCUUCACUCGUAGAGGCGUCCUCUCUACAGUCAAUAGUCUCUACGACCCCCUCGGGUUCCUCGCCCCCAUCACAAUUCAAGGCAGGCAAAUACUCAGAGAGCUAACCAGUUUGACGGACGGCUGGGACGCACCUCUUCCCGACGAUACAAAGGCAGAGUGGUGCAAGUGGAAGGACUCUCUCCAAGAUCUGCAAAGUCUGCAAAUACAGCGUCCUUACACCUCGCUAUCCACAACUAACGCCCAAAAAAGAGAACUCUUCAUAUUUGCUGAUGCGUCUGUAAAAGCCAUUGCAGCCAUUGCAUAUAUCAAAGUCUCAAUGUCAGAAAGCACAGAAACUGGAUUUGUGUUUGGAAAGACCAAGUUGGCUCCUCAAUCAGGCCUCACAAUUCCAAGACUCGAGCUAUGUGCCGCGGUGCUCGCAGUUGAAGUUGCAGAGUUGAUAGUAGCAGAAAUGGACAUUUCAUUUGUCAACAUUGAGUACUAUACGGACAGCAAAGUUGUGCUAGGGUACAUAUACAACCAGACCCGAAGAUUUUAUGUGUACGUGCAUAACCGAGUCCAACGCAUACUCCAGUCGACACGCCCUCACCAAUGGAAGUACGUUCCAUCUGAGCUCAACCCAGCAGACUACGGGUCUCGUUCUGUGACAGCAGCCCAACUGAGCAGCACAACAUGGUUGGAAGGACCGGCCUUUCUCCUCAAGCCUUCACUACAGGUACCUCCAUUUGAAAACUACAACCUUGUUGAUCCCGCUGCUGACAUAGAAGUACGCCCCUUUGUGACAACAAACCUGACUCAUGUCACAAAACCAGCAAUCGCUCCAACAUGUUUUGAAAAGUUCUCAAACUACAGCGCUCUCAUCAGAACAAUAGCCCAGUUGGUUCAUGUCGUUCGCUCAUUCAAUCACUCCAACCAAACAUCCAGCUGCCACGGCUGGCACCUUUGUCGACCUACAGAAGAAGAGAUGGCAAAGGCAAAGAUUUGUGUCAUAAAGAGUGUUCAAAGUGAGUACUACAAAGAAGAGCUGAAAUGCAUAUCAGAAGAGACAAAGAUUCCCCCUUCAAGCAGUCUUUGGAAGCUGCACCCCAUAUUGGACAAUGAUGGACUCUUAAGAGUUGGGGGCCGAAUCGCACAUUCUGAGCUCGGUAUCGACACCACUCACCCUCUCAUCAUUCCAGCCAGACACCACUUGGGCACCCUCCUGAUACGCCACUACCAUGGAUCUGUAAAACAUCAGGGGAGACAUUUCACCGAAGGCGCGAUAAGAGCUGCAGGAUUCUGGCUGGUGGGAGCCAAACGAAGCAUUAGCACUGCUCUUUUCAAGUGUGUCACAUGCAGGAAGUUGCGAGGAAGAGCUGAAUGUCAACAGAUGGGAAACUUACCUCCUGAACGGAUGAAGGUCGCACCCCCAUUCACGUACGUGGGUGUGGAUGUGUUUGGGCCGUGGGACAUUUUCACCCGUCGCACAAGAGGAGGUCAAGCCAAUUCCAAAAGGUGAGCCGUCAUGUUUUCCUGUAUGUCUACGAGAGCAGUACAUAUCGAGGUAAUUGAAACAAUGACCACGGACAGUUUCAUAAAUGCUCUGAGGCGGCUUUUUGCAAUCAGAGGCCCGGCAAAACAAAUCAGGUCUGAUUGCGGCACAAAUUUCAUCGGCGCCUCUCACGAACUGAAAAUGGUUGAGAUGGAUCUUUCCAUCAAAGAUGUCGAAGACUACCUGAACAAACAAGAAUGUUCAUGGAUCUUCAAUCCUCCGCACGCAUCACAUAUGGGUGGUGCUUGGGAGCGAAUGAUCGGGAUUGCCAGAUUGCCAUUCCUCAACUCUAUGUUCCAAGAUUGUAAAAGAGCAAUCUUGACUCAUGAACUGUUGACUACGUUUAUGGCCGAAGUCUGCGCCAUCAUGAAUACUCGUCCUCUCGUUCCCGUGUCUACCGAUCCUGAGUCACCUCUUAUCCUCACGCCGUCGAUGCUGCUCACCAUGAAAACAGGAUGUGCGCCACCACCUCCUGGAAACUUUGAAAAUGGGAUACUUCUGAAAGAGCAAUGGAAAACGGUUCAAAGUCUCGCUGACAUCUUUUGGUCGAAAUGGAGACGUGAGUAUCUUCACACUCUACAGCUGCGCCACAAAUGGCAGGAUAAGAAGCAAAGCCUCAAGGAAGGAGACAUCAUUCUGCUCAAGGACUCUCAGGCCAAAAGGAACGAGUGGCCCAUGUCUAUUAUUUCCAAGACCAUCCCAGGGAAGGACGGACUUGUCAGGAAAGUUGAAGUAAUUACUUCCCAUGCAGGAACUAAGAAGACGUUUUCGCGCCCUGUAACCGAAGUGGUUCUGCUUUUGUCCCCCGAGCAAUUCGGUGACUGUUAAUUUGAAUGUGGGAUAGUAUUAUCCCAGGCGGGGAGUGUUAUGUUUAUUGUCUAUAAUAUUGUUAGUGUUUCUAUUAGUUGAAAUACGCCACCUUGUGGUCACUUUAAGCUAUUGUUUAAGUUAACAAUAGAAGAAGAAUAUGGACAGGAAGUGCCGUUGCUCAGAAUCAAAUGGCAGCUCCACACUCUUCCUGGUUCUUUCUUGGUGUUUGUUAAAGCAUUGUCUUUUUACAAAAAGGAACUAUCACUGAAGUAAACUUCAUUAACCAGUCAUCGCUGUCCGGAGUUCUUCAUGUUCAACAUUGUUUAGCUGUUU